AUGGUCGUGCCCAACAUUCGAAACCCCAAUCGCUACCGCACUCUUCAGGUAGCCACGUCAACCAAGUCACAAUAUCACCUAGAACCUGACCAUGCGUUCGCAUACAGGCACGUCGGAAGACGCACAAAGGGAGGACGAGGAGGAGGACCUGGAGGGGGAGGCGGGUUUCUCUAUAGCAGCGGAGCUGACCGUUCCAAUAGAGUUCAUAAUGGAGGUGGACGUGUUGUUGUUAUUCUUAUUGCCUUGCUUACCGUAUGUGCUGUGUUAAAUAUGAUUGGUUGUGCUUGUAGAAAAUCGGGAAACACACGGAGCGCCAAUCACGCCAAUCAAGGUGACAUUCAUGCCACUCGAGACCCCAUCUAUCGUCAGCGGAAUCAGUCAGGCAACAGCAACGCUCCAAGCAACGACACUGUUUCAUCGGCCAAUGUUAUUCGGUUCCAUACUUCGCCAAACGUCAACAAGAGCCCAUCGGGUGGCAAUCCAGUUUCACACAUCACAAUCAUGAAGACCAACUUUUACUUCCGAACUGUAUUACCAGAGAACAGCAACAUUGAUCGAAAUGUCCUUAGCGAAGAAGCUAAAAUGGGCGUCACGGCUAGAGAUGAGGAUGGCGUGGUUAAAGAUGGAGAUCCUACAGGCAAAGGGGGUGCCAACAAGGACGAGGGUGCUAUGAAGAACACUUCCAUUUCCUCCCGAUUUCUCAGCAUGUCCCCUUGGAGACGACUUACCGCCAUGGACGAAUGCUCCAUUUGUCUGCAGCCGUACAAAUAUGGGCAAACCAUCUGCGUGGCCAAGAAUACUCAUUGCAAGCAUGUAUUUCAUCAGGACUGCAUUGAAGAAUGGCUUAAGGAUCACUCGAAUUGUCCGCUGUGUCGAGUGACUCUCGUUUACAAACCUCUGUAA